UGGGCUGGAUCCAAGGAAUAAGCCCAGAGUCAUAGUGAGUUGGGCUAUUAGGGGGGAACCUGUGAGGUGCGAGUCUUUGUCCUCCUGCACUCCUGGCCAUGGAUGCUCUAACUCUAACCCCAAUUUCUUCAGCAACCACAUUCAGUGGUCAACACCAUCGCCACCCACUGAAACGCUCACUUUUCAAUUUCGCACCUCCGAAGCAAAACAGAAGCCUCGGAAUCCGAAUCCGAAUCCGAUUAUCCUCUUCCCCAAACCACAACGAGAACCAGUCUUCUCCCGGAUUGUACUCCGCCAAGAAAUUCGACCUGACGGCGUCAAACGUUGACCUGGUUCUGGACGACGUUCGGCCCUACCUGAUCGCCGACGGAGGCAACGUGGACGUUGUCUCGGUGGAAGACGGCGUGGUAUCUCUCCGUCUGGAAGGAGCGUGUGAGAGCUGCCCCAGCUCCACCACGACCAUGAAGAUGGGAAUCGAGCGCGUUCUCAAGGAAAAAUUUGGAGACGCCGUUAAGGAUAUUCAGCAAGUCUACGAUUACAACCAACCGAGGGAGACAACGCCCCAGGCUGUGAAUAAUCAUCUUGAGAUAUUGAGAGCGGCCAUUAAGAAUUACGGUGGCAGCGUGCAAGUGUUAUCUGUUGAAGGCGGGGAGUGCCACGUUAAGUACGAUGGACCUGACUCCAUUGGAUCAGGAAUCAAAGCAGCCAUCAAGGAGAAGUUUCCAGAUAUUGUCAAUGUUACCUUCAUCACAUAGCAUAGCAACAACCCCAUUCUUUAGUUGGAUAUGUUUUUUACUGUUUCUAUAUUUGGAGUCCAAACUUUCUCUGCCGCUCAAUGUACUCUCGUUUCUUCUUUUCAUUGGAAUAGUAAAUGUAAAUUCAUUGAAUUAUGAUUAGCUUUCAAUCAAUAUAUAUUUUAAUAAAUUAUAUUUUUAGUUA